CUGGAAGCACAGGUUUGAUGUGGAUGUGUUUGAUGUGUGUCAGAGAGCUGUCAGGGGCUGGUUGUUUGUGUGAAUUCCAGGCUCAGACGAUUACUUGCUUGUUGAGGUGCUCACACCGAGACGACAAGGCACACGGCUCCGGCAAGUAAUGACGAAAAGAAGUGCUGACCUUAAAGGUGGAGGGGCGAUGAGGUCACCGUGGAGCCUGGGCCUUGCUCUCCUUUUGGCCUUGAUCUCCAGGGCCACAUGCCUCGAUAUCCCCCUCGAAGUGGAGCAGCCGCCUACCAUAACAUCCCACACGCCCAGUCCUGUUAUUGUUCUUCCUAUUGACGACGACAUAACUAUGAGAUGUGAAGCCAGGGGCAACCCACCGCCAGUAUACAGAUGGACAAGAGAUGGUGAAGAAUUUAUCCCUCCAUACAUCCCCACGAAAAACACAGACCACAGCAACGGCAAUUUUGUGCUGUACAGCAGACACAGGGCUACGCUCCAGGGCAAAUACCGAUGCUAUGCCUCCAACAAACUGGGAACAGCAAUGACAGAGGAAAUUGAGCUGAUGAUACCAAGAGUCCCCAGGUUUCCAAAGGAGGUGAUUGGGCCAGUUGUUGUUGAUGUAGGUCAGCCUGUCAUCCUGAAGUGUAACCCUCCAGAGGGCGUCGCUCCACGUGAGAUCUACUGGAUGUCUAUUGGUCUCCAGCACAUUGAGCAAGAUGAAAGAGUUUCCAUGGGCAAUGACGGCAACCUGUACUUCUCUAACGCCUUAGAGACAGACAGUCGUCAGGACUACUGCUGCUACGCUUCCUUUGCAACAAUACGGACCAUUGUCCAGAAAACCCCCAUGACUGUGAUCGUCAAAUCCUUGAAACCGGAUAAUGAAUCGGACAACACCGUUAACAGCACCAUUGACCCCCCAAUGAGAAUACCCAACCUGUUGGUGCCCCCUGGUGUUCAGACAGAGGUAGUGCUUAUCAAGGGAAAGGAGCUGGAGCUUGAAUGUAUUGCAGAGGGAUUCCCAACUCCAAAAGUGGAAUGGAUCAAAAUGGGAGAGCAUCUGCCAGCACGGACAAAAAUCAAGAACUACGGGAAACUGUUGACCAUAUCGAAGAUAGAAAAGAAGGAUUAUGGGAAAUACAUGUGUAGAGCUGAGAACACUGCUGGAGCGACUGUCCACUACUUUGAUGUUAUAGUCGAAGAACCACCAAAAUGGCGGACAGAGCCUCCACAGGGCCAGCUGGUUGUGGUCGGGUCAGAUAUCAGCAUCAAGUGCUCAGUUCUUGGAAUUCCACCACCAGAUAUCACGUGGAAGAGGAAUGGGGAGAUUUUAAAAGAUGAACCGUCAAACCGCAUACUUGUGUUGGAUGACACUGUGUUGCUCCACAAUGCCAGGCCAGAGGACACUGGUGUCUACCAGUGUGAAGUCUCCAACACACAUGGCAGUCUUCUGGCUAAUGUUAACAUCAUGGUCAUGACUAUGGGUCCUCUGAUGCUGACCAGGGACAAACAAGAGUACGCUGUCGUACAAGGAGGAGACAUCAUCAUGAACUGUAGUGUCUUCAGCUCUCCACCACCAGAGAUCUCAUGGGCCAAGGAUGAGACUCCAGGAACCAUCGAGGGGGAACGAUUCUCCGUUCACAGGAACGGAUCGUUGCAAAUCAUCAGUGCAGAAAAAGAAGACAGUGGGGAGUAUGAGUGUUCUGCCAUCAAUACGGAGGGAAAAUCAGCUGUCACUGCCGUACUGGAAGUGAAAGAUUCCACUAAAAUAAGAGAUCCACCUCAGGACAUGCAGAUCAUUAGUGGGACCACAGCGCAGUUGAGGUGCCAGGUAGACUGUGAUGACACCCUUGUGAAAACCUUGGAGAUGAUAUGGCUGAAGGAUGGGGAGGAGAUCCCACUCGCCUUCAUGGAAAAUUUCAAAUACCUUGUGGGUGUAGGCAUGCUGCAGAUCAUGAAUGUGAAUCAGAGCGACCAGGGAGUCUACACAUGCAUCGCCAAGACCAGCCUUGACCAGACCAAUGCCUCUGCAACACUCACAGUGCUGGACAUUCCUGACGCUCCAGUCGAAGUAGAGAUGUCUGAACAGAAGGGUCGCAGUGUGCGUCUGUCUUGGACACCUGGCAGCGACCACAACAGCACCGUAACAGAAUUCAUAGUGGAGUUUGAGGAGAACCAAUGGGAGCCGGGCAGGUGGAAGGAGCUCCAGAAAGUCCCUGGUAACCAGGCAACAGCUGAGCUGGCUCUACACGGACACCUCAGCUAUCAGUUCAGAGUAUAUGCUGUUAAUGCCAUUGGACCUGGUCCCCCUAGCGAGCCGACAGAGAGAUUCAGAACGCUCCCUACAGGUCCUGACAGGAACCCAGAAAACAUCAAAAUCCAGGGUCAUCUGCCUCAUCAGAUGGAGAUUAGCUGGGAGCCACUGUUGCCUAUUGAACACAAUGGCCCAGGCCUGGAGUACAAAGUGAGCUACAGGAGACUCGGGUUAGGGGAAGUCUGGAAAGAGCAUCUGGUCAGAAGACACUUGCUUGUGGUGAAGAACACCCCCACUUUUGUCCCGUAUGAGGUCAAGGUUCAGAGCAAGAACGGCGACGGCUGGGGACCAGAGCCAAAAAUUGUCACAGGCUACUCUGGGGAAGACGUCCCCACUGCAGCGCCACGCAACGUGGCGGUAGAAGUGAUCAACACCACCGUCUUAAGAGUGAGCUGGACUCCCGUUCCCCUUGAAACCGUGCGAGGCCAUUUGGAGGGCUACAACGUGCACUGGCUGCGGACACAGAGUCUGCUGUAUCCCAGCAAGGGUCCAGGGGAGCGUCGUUCUCUGUCCUUCCCAGGAAACAGGAGUCAUGGCAUCGUGCCGGGCCUCAAGCCCUACUCUGAGUACAACUUCACAGUCAACGUCUUCAACAAGAAGGGCAACGGACCCCACAGCGACCUGGUUUCCUUCCACACACCGGAGGGAGUUCCUGAGCAAGUGCCCAUCCUGACUGCAUCCAACGCCCAGACAGACUCCAUCUCGCUGGUAUGGGGCCCUCCCCUCGAGGCACACGGCAUCCUCAUUGGCUAUCUGCUGCAAUACCAACUUGUUAAUGAGACCACAAAGGAGGUGGGCGAUUCCCAGGAGAUGAACAUCACCGGGCCUGACACCACCCACUGGCAGAUCGAGGGCUUGGAGGAGGGCAGCCUCUAUCGUUUCCACCUUAGCGCUUGUACUCGAGUAGGCUGUGGACCCCCGCUGGCCCAGGAGGGAAACACCCUUGCCCAAGCACAUUUGUCCCUGACUCCAGCUGUGGCCCCUGCUCAGAGCAUUCCAGCCCUGUUGAACAUAAGCUCUUAUGUGAGUGACACCUUUGCCAAAAUCAGCUGGACUGCCAGAGAGGAGCAACAGGACUCACAGCUUUAUGUGGCUUAUAUGAAUAACCGUGAUGGUAACUGGUGGAUUUCUGAGGCUGUAAACACUUCUCAAAGUUUCCACGUGAUAAAUGGGCUCAAACCUGGGACGGUGUACACAGUGCGCCUCAUGGCCAAGGGGCUGCUCGAUAAUGCUAGUAUAUUUGAAGACGUUAUCCAAACCAGAGUCAAAGGUGUGGCCGGUUCUCAGAGCAGCAUCUCGACCCAGGGCUGGCUCAUUGGGACCAUGUGUGCUGUGGCUCUUCUCACCCUUAUUGCGCUGAUUGCCUGCUUUGUGCGGAAAAACAAAGGCGGCAAGUAUGCAGGUACGCUGCCGCCGCCCCAGCGACCAGACAUGUUCUCCAUGGAUCAAGUGAAAGAGAAGGAGGACCUCCACCCUGACGUGGAGUCGCAGGGAAUGAAUGAUGACACCUUCUGUGAAUAUAGUGACAGUGAUGAGAAGCCACUGAAGGGCAAUAGCUUGUGCUCCCUGAAUGGGGAUGACAUGGGCGGGGACAGCGUCAGCAGAGACAGCCUGGUGGACUACGCCGACGGGGAAGGAGAAUUCGAUGAGGACGGUUCAUUUAUUGGAGAAUAUUCAGCACGCAAGCACAGAGGCUCUGUAGCUGAGCCUACAGGCCCAGUCACCACGUAAAACCCAACCUAAACAGUGUUUCAAACCCUUCCAGUGUACCUUAUUAACUGAACCUCCCUGACAUUGAAUAUAACUUACAUAUCCAAAAAUGGACAAUGGCUCAUUUGUGCAUACGUCCAUACAAUGGGCGUGUCAGUGGGCACAUAAAGCAAAUAAUUUAAGGAUUUGAUUUUAAAUAAAAUUGGGCCCAGGAGCUGGGUACAGGAACUAAUACAUCCACCAUGGAUUUAAUUGUCAAAGCCUUGUGAGGCUGUGUAUGAGAAAAUGAACUGUAUCAUUUGAGUGAUCCAUGGUUUUAAUUAUUAGCAUUUUAUACCUAUCAGUCACAGGCGUCAUCAAUACGAAUUGAUUUUGUACCUCAAUACACUGUGAUGACCCAUGAUGCAAAAAACGCCUGCACUUGCUACCAUUACUGUAUUUUUUUUUUUUAUUUAAUUUUAUUAUUUUUUUUACAGUGGUUGA